AUAUUUUUUAAAAAAUGAUUUUCCACCAGUGGUUAUUUUAGUAAAUUCGUCGAAAGCUAAAUAAUAGAGAUAAUAAAACAAGUCUGUAGCAGUAUAUCGUAAAUCUGGCACGCCCCUUCGAUUCCAAUUACCCGCUUCAGUUUCUGAUAGUUUAGCCCGACAAUCGUUCGUUCCUAGUCGUUUCAAGCUUAGUUUGAUAUCUGUGUCAAAAAUUUUUACCUUAUUCCUUUUCACAUAUUCCACUAUUUCCUUUAUAUCGAUUACUUUUCCCCACUAUCAUUACACUAAUACUACUUCCUCUAAUUCGUAGAAUCUAAAAUCUUCAAAUAAUUAAAAAAAAAAAAAUGAACUGAAAUUAUCUUCGAAUAAUUUAAUUUAAUAAUUGAUUAAAAAAGUAGUUUGAAAAAGGAAUUUGUUCGAUAUGAAGGUGAGAGUCCCCAGCGAAAUUCGAACAAUAUGGAUAUUUUUCGUGUUAAUGUUAAAAUCGUCGAUUGGGGUGGAGAAAUAUUGGCUCCCAAAUUUGGAAUGGGAGACGGCUGAAAAUUGGAUUGGAGGACGUAUACCGGAAUUAGAUAGUUAUGUGACGUUUCCUUUGGACAUGAGACACGCUGUGGGAAUUGGGAAAUCCGAGAAUCUGAGACUUUCUGGAAUUGAUCUGGCCAGAACUGGAUCGUUGGCCCUAUCUAGAAACGGAAGAUUACAGUUAACCGAGCCGGGAAAAUCGCCAAAGAAAAUCAGUCAGUGGUCAAGAUCUGGUCACUUGUUUUGGGCUGAUCCAGAAAAUUGGAACGGGAGCUCGGAAGCAGCGCCUCACCUCGAGCAGGUGCCGUGCCGCCAGGACACCGUAGUUCUGCCGGAGAAAACGCGAAUCUUCAGUGUUCUUUUGCCGAUGAAGAGCAUCGAAGUGAAAUCGGUUCGAACGAUCGAUGAAAAGUAUCCAUACAGCGGCUGGCAAUGGGCAGAUUUGGAGACUGGAAGGGAGUUCGAGAAAGGUAUAUCCACCGUGAGAUACGCGGAAUACAAUUGCGGAAAGUGUUCCUGCCAGGACGAUCCGAACGGUUACUACCUCGAAGAAAUUUGCGCCAUUCAAAGACCAAAGUGUGGAUACCCCACCUGCGAGUAUCCAUUGUGGGUGGAAGGGCAUUGCUGCAGAUAUUGCGGUGGUCGUUUGUCUUUAACGGAGAAGACGUCUUUAUCGUUGGUCCAGGCCGCCGCAGACGAAGCUCUGGAAAGGCGCGCGGAGAAGCUUGUUUGGCACGUGAGACGUACUUGGAACGGAGGUGUCGAGGUUCUGAUAAAGAAAAAGGGCGAUUACUCGGAAAUCGAUAUUCUCGAGGGGUUGGAAGAUGUGAAGAGAACCCUUUCGAAUAUGAAAAUCGAGGUUUUUUCUGUGGAAGUAACCGGUGCCGCUUUGCGAAAUAAUGGCGUAACUGUCGCACUGGCUUCGUUGUUCGUUACACCAUUGAUCCUCCUUGCGCUUUUAUUCAUCGUCUUCUUAUACUUUGGCUAUUCCUACAGACAAAUUCUGAUGGGGUGCACACAAAUAUUUUCCUCGAUAAGGGAUGGAGUUCACGUGGACAAGAAACAGGCUGGCAAACCAUUCGGUUUCGCCCGUUUUGAAAAUAUUUCAGAGGGUAACGUUCAAAUAGCAGAGGUCGCUAAUGUCCGUGAAUCAAAUCUCGAGAGCAAAGAAACGGAUAAAAAAGAUUCAUCUUCAGGAGGAAGAUUCGAGAAUCCUUUGUACAGAUCGAAAAGAAAAGGCCGUAAGGAGGAAGGGGAGGUUUUGGACAUGGAAAAACCCCUGAGUUUGACAACCCUUAAGGAUAGAGUGGAGGAGGAUCAGAUCGAGGAAGUGGAUCUUGAUCAAUGAACUGGGAUCAAUGAAUGGGAUUCCUCGUACAAUUCUUAGUAUUUUAGUUACGCUUUUUUUCUUUUCUAUUAAAAUUUAACGAAUUUAUUGAACAUAAACGUAGAAGGCGUAGAAUUUUGAAGUUUUAAAAAUAAAUGUGAAAUAUAGAUGAAAACUUGUAACAAAAUAGGAAUAGCAUUAUCGAUAUUAUUAAAUUUCAAUAAUUCUUUAACAAUUAUAAAGAUCUACUUGAUUAAAUUUAAUAAAUUUGAUGCAAGAACUAUUUUUUAAUAUCAGAUUGAAAUAUUAAACAUUAUCAUACUUGUUUUUCUUUUAAAAAAUAAUAAUAACUAAAACAAUUUUUUAAUAAUGCAAUUUCCAAUUGAUCUGUAUUAUUAAAUUAAUUCAGCAGUAAUUUACUGAAAUCUUAUAGAAAUACUCGAUAAGAUAUAAAGGAUGACGUCAAAGUCACUUUAUUUUAUCCAUUCUAAGAAUCUACAUACAGAGGAGGAUAAUAGUAACAGAAAUGUAAUGAAAUUCUAAAAGAUAGAGUUAACUUGCAUGACAUAAAGUUAUUUGAAGUGAGGAAUUGGCCUUGAGAGAACAAUUUAUUUUGAAAUCGAUGCUUGCGUUUAGUUCAUACCGUUGUUUUCAUACACAGAUUACAUUGUGUCUCCUUGUGCGUGAAUAUAACUUCUUCCAGUUAUCAUGAUUGUACCAAUAAGAAUGAUAUAUAUAUAUAUAUAAGAAAGAUCAUAUAUAUGAUUGCUUGCAUAUAGACGCUUCUAUUUCAAAAAAUAAAUAAAUUACUGAAAAUCUUUACAUUUUACUUCUUUUAAAAAUUUUUUUUUAUAAAA